AUGUCCUUCAACGGCGUCCGCUCCUUCCGCUACGCUCUCCUCUUUGAAAUCGGCGCAAAUGCCUCGGGCUUCGUACCCGCCCUCUUCAUGCCCGAGACAGCCCUAUCCUUCUUGGUCAAGAACCCCAACAUGAUCACGCCCGCCACCACAUCGUUCGGCGUCCUAGUAGCAACCGGCUUCACAAUCCCGCUGAUCCUCUGCUACCCAAAUCCUGUGCCUAGUCAAGGCGGUAGCGAGCAGAUCGUAGCCUGGCGUCGGCUAACAUACAUGAUGUUCGGAGCUGGCGAAGUCGGUCUGGGGACGAUGAUGAUGGUUCAGUGGCUGCAGGGCGAUAGCGGAUUGAGCGAUAAUGCUCUUCUGAUGGGAAUGUUAGCCAUGGGAGCAUUCAGUCUGAUGCGGGCGUUCUUCUUGUACGUGCGACCGAGCUGGAUGGAGGGACAGGUCAACGCGAGGAAAGCUCAGUAG